AUGGAAUACACAGAAAAAAUGGCAGAAGAAAAUCUCACCAUUGUGGUAGAAUUCAUUCUCCUUGGAUUUUCUGACCAUCCUAACCUUCAAGGGUUUCUCUUUGUAAUGUUUUUGGCCAUUUACUUGAGUAUUCUAAUAGGAAAUGGUCUCAUCAUAAUAAUAACCAAAGUGGAUUCAGCUCUCCAAACACCCAUGUAUUUUUUUCUUGGAAACUUUUCUGUCUUAGAAAUAUGUUACGCAUCAGUCACCCUGCCAAGAAUGCUGGUGAAUAUUUGGACAAAGAAGAGAAAUAUAUCUUUUCUGGCCUGUGCUAUUCAACUUGGAUUUCUCCUUAUUCUGGGAGCCCCAGAAUGUCUACUCCUUGGUGUGAUGGCAUAUGACCGGUAUGUGACCAUUUGUAAGCCUCUAUAUUAUCCUCUUAUCAUGAACCGUAAAGUAUGUGUCCAAUUAGUGGUUGGCUCUUGGACUAUUGGGAUUCCAGUCCAGAUAGCACAAACAUAUCAAGUUUUCUCUUUGCCAUUUUAUGGUUCUAACAAACUCAAUCACAUUUUCUGUGAUCUCCGUCCAGUACUGAAGGUAGCCCAUGGAGAUACUUUUGUCAAUGAGCUCUCUAUCUAUGUUGUUGCUAUGCUGUUUGGCAUGGCUCCAUUUCUGAUGAUACUGUGGUCUUACAUGAAAAUAAUUUCUACUAUUCAGAAGAUCCCAUCUGCCACAGGAAAAUACAAAACCUUCUCUACUUGCUCUUCUCAUAUCAUGGUUGUUGGUUUAUUCUUUGGGUCUAUAAUUAUUACAUAUUUACAGCCUAAGUCUAGUCACUCCACAGAAAAUGACAAAAUUUUCUCUCUCUUCUACACGAUUUUGACCCCUAUGUUUAACCCUCUAAUAUAUACUCUAAGGAACAAAGAUGUAAUUAUUACACUGAAAAAAUUAUUUAAAUGUGGUGGGACAGAAAAUAGUUAA